AUGGAUACCAUAAACUUGGAUUUUGAUGAUGAGUGUAAUAUUACUCCAUCUUCAGAUAAAUCUGAAAAGAACAGUUCUUCUAUCAAUGAUGGCACUAACAAAAAGAGACAACGUAGAAAGACAUCAGCUGCUUGGGAUGAAUUCUAUUUGUUAUCUAUAUAUGUUGAUGGAAAACAGAAGGCAAAAUGUAAAAAAUGUGGGGCUGAAUAUGUUGCUAAUGCUUCAACCCAUGGGACGGCAAAUUUGAGACGCCACAUUAAUAAUUGUCCAUUACGUGAUAACUAUGAUGUGAAGCAGAUGCACAUGGAUUACGGAACAAAACUUCAUGCGAAAAAAAUUGAGCAAGAUGUUUAUCGUGAGAAGAUGACAAUUGUUGUAAUAAAACAUUGUUAUCCUUUUUCAUGGGUUGAGCAUGAAGGAAAUCGAGAUGUGCAUAAAUAUCUUAAUCCUGAUGUUAAACCAAUUGCUAGGAACACUGCUAAAGCUGAUGUGUUGAAAAUACAUAAAAGGGAGAAGGAGAAACUUAAACUUACACUACAGAGUGCUUUUGGUAGAGUGUGUUUGACUUCUGAUGGUUGGUCUUCUCCUACAACUGAAGGAUAUUUAUGCAUUACAGUUCAUUUUGUGGAUGAAAAUUGGAUAUUUUCCAUCACAUUGGAUAAUGCAAUUGCUAAUGAUAGUAUGCAAGAUAUUCUUUCAAGUCAAUUGUCUUUGCAAGCACCUUUAGUAAGUGAUGGUGAAUAUUUUCAUGUAAGGUGUUGUGCUCAUAUUUUGAAUCUUAUUGUUCAAGAAAGCUUAAAAGUGAUUGAACGUGUUGUGUAUAACAUUAGAGAAAGUGUCAAGUACAUUACGGGUUCAGAAGGAAGAAAAUUUAAGUUUGAAGAGUGCAUUAAACGAGUUGGUAUACUUGCUUCAAUCAGUUUGCGUUUGGAUGUACCAACUAGGUGGAAUUCAACUUUCAUGAUGAUAGAAAGUGCACUCAUAUAUCGACGGGCUUUAAUUCAUUAUGCUUUACUUGAUGCAAAUUAUAAGUAUUGUCCGUCAAAUGAAGAGUGGAAUAGAGCUGAGUGUUAUAGUGUUGUUUUGGCAUUUGCAAUUGUUCUUGAUCCUCGUUACAAGCUUCAAUUUGUCGAGUUUUGUUACUCAAAGAUUGAUUCAUCCACUUCUCGGCAAAAGCUAAAUCUCUUUCAUCAAAAGUUGUACUCUCUAUUCCAAGAUUAUGCAAACAAAUCAAAAUCUUCUUUGGGAUCUACUGCUCCAUCUACUGGGGGUACUGGUGGUAGUGACAAUCUCAUUAGAGAUGAGCUUUCGGAAUUUGAAUUUUAUGAAAGCCAAUAUUGUGCUACUACAGAAAAAUCUCAAUUAGAUUUAUAUAUGGAAGAGCCUAGGCUAAAUCGUGUGGAACAUGCUGAAAUGGAUAUAUUGCGGUAUUGGAAAGAUAAUCGAUUUUGA